GGUGUUUAGUCGCGUCUGUGCACGCUUAUCGGGUGUUUGUUUCAUACUUCGUGCUACACUGACGUAGUUGGAAAACGCAUUAACACGAUAAAAGGAAAACGCGCCAUUAUCGGCCGCCAUCGAAAUUAUCAGAUUGAUAAAAUUGAAGACGAAAUAAUUCAACACACGAAUGAACAAUGGACAAGAUGACGGACGGUAGUGAAAACAAUCGAAAAAUGAAAUUCAAUAAAACGGAGUCGGAAUACAAUAUGAAAUCUAUAAGGUUUCUAUUGCUUACUAUCACCACCAUGUUUAUUUUAAUUUCUGGUCUCAUGAUCAUCCUUGGGAUAUCGGUGUACACGCACUAUCACAACUUCUCGUUCUUCCUCGAAAGCGCAAAGAGCGGCAGAUUCCUUACACCAUCCAUCCUUGUCGCUCUUCUGGGCCUGGCGCUAUUCGUUGUCACACUCUUCGGUUUCUUCGGUAGUUUCAAGCAGAGCACGUGCAUGGUUAACUUGUAUGCCUUCUUUUUGACGUUAAUCUUGAUUGUAAAGUUAGUGCUGGUCAUUCUAACGUUCACGAUGGGCCCUGAAAUGAUCAUGAGCUACAUAAGCGUGCCAGUGAGAGAGUACGCAUACGAUCCAGAAAUAGAGGCUGAAAUUGAUGGCUUACAAGUUUCGCUGAAUUGUUGCGGCAGUAACUCCUACUUGGACUACAUCGGUAUGGAAUUUACAAGCAAUCAUUCUACGGUCGUGGUGUCGAAUGUGAUCGACGGUGACCAGAUAACGGUGGUCCUUCCACGUUCCUGUUGUGUAUCAGCCUCAGAGAUCUACUGCACUCGGCUGCGAAUCACCAGCUGUAAAGAUGCUCUAGCUGAUAUGCUGCUACAGAACUCGAGUGUCCUAGGAGUUCUUGGUGUUUCUGUUAUGUUUACGCAGCUGUUAGGUAUAAUAUUUGCGUUGCUACUGGCGCGUUGCAUUCGUAAGAUGAAAAGUGAGAAAGCCCUCAUCACGUGGAUGAUGAAGGAACAAAUGAUCCUCGCCAGGCAAGCCAGCGAGAACAAGGAAGAUUCUGUGUACAUAGCCAAGCCUGAUUCUAGCACUGCUUAGGGUUGCCAUAUUUUAUUGUACAUUGAUAGUGUUGCCAUUUCCUAGUAUUUCAAAUGCACAAAUUUUAAAUUGCAGAUUGCAAAUGUUUUAAUAUGGUAAACACAUUAUAAAUAUUUUUUUGUAAUGUUUUAGCUGUGACAAAAUUUAAUUUCAUUAUUCACUAAAAAUAGACUAUUACUAAGUAUGCCUUAAAUG